CCUCACUUUCUGCUAGCUUCUGCCUUCCUCCCUGCCUCCUCCCGGGGCGCGCCCGCCCGCCCGGGAGCGCGCAGUGCGGCGCGGCCGCGCUCGGGAGCGCGCAGUGCGGCGCACGGAGCCCGGCUGCGGCGAGUCCCGGCGCUCCCGGAGCAGCUGAGGAUCCGUCCGUGCGUGCCGCUGCUCUGCUCCCCCUGCGGGACACGACUGAGGUCCUGAGGCUGCCCAGCAUCCAAAAUGGUCAUGCAAAGACACCACCUCACCUGCGCAGGAAUAGCGUUCGUUCUCUACCUUCAUCACCUCGUCAGCACCAUUGAAGUCCCUCUGGACUCAAAUAUUCAGAGUGAAUUGCCUCAACCUCCCACAAUCACCAAGCAGUCCGUGAAGGACUACAUCGUCGACCCAAGGGAUAACAUCUUCAUUGAAUGUGAAGCCAAAGGGAACCCUGUGCCCACCUUUUCCUGGACGCGGAACGGGAAGUUCUUCAACGUGGCGAAGGACCCCAAGGUGUCGAUGCGGCGGCGGUCGGGGACGCUGGUCAUUGACUUCCACAGCGGGGGCCGGCCGGAGGACUAUGAGGGCGAGUACCAGUGCUUUGCCCGGAAUGACUACGGCACUGCCCUCUCCAGCAAGAUCCACCUCCAGGUCUCCAAGUCUCCCCUGUGGCCCAAGGAGAAGGUGGAUGUGAUAGAGGUGGAUGAAGGUGCUCCGCUGAGCCUGCAGUGCAACCCGCCGCCGGGCCUGCCCUCUCCCGUCAUCUUCUGGAUGAGCAGCUCCAUGGAGCCCAUCCACCAGGACAAGCGUGUCUCCCAGGGCCAGAACGGGGACUUGUACUUCUCCAACGUGAUGCUGCAGGAUGCCCAGACCGACUACAGCUGCAACGCGCGCUUCCACUUCACCCACACCAUCCAGCAGAAAAACCCCUACACCCUCAAGGUGAAAACCAAGAAACCCCAUAACGAAACGUCCUUACGAAAUCACACUGCCAUGUACAGUGCCCGAGGGAUUACGGAGACGACCCCCAGCUUCAUGUAUCCCUAUGGAACCUCAAGCAGUCAGAUGGUGCUCAGAGGAGUGGACCUCUUGCUGGAGUGCAUCGCUUCAGGAGUACCAGCACCGGACAUCAUGUGGUACAAGAAAGGAGGAGAGCUCCCAGUCGGUAAAACCAAGCUGGAGAACUUCAACAAGGCUCUUCGUAUCUCCAAUGUCUCCGAGGAGGACUCCGGGGAGUAUUUCUGCUUGGCCUCCAACAAGAUGGGCAGCAUCCGCCACACGAUCUCGGUGAGAGUGAAGGCUGCUCCGUACUGGCUGGAUGAACCCCAAAACCUCAUCCUGGCCCCCGGUGAGGACGGCAGGCUGGUGUGCCGCGCCAACGGGAACCCCAAGCCCGCGAUCCAGUGGCUGGUGAACGGCGAGCCUAUAGAAGGUUCUCCCCCCAACCCGAGCCGAGAGGUGGCUGGAGACACCAUUGUAUUUCGGGAUACCCAGAUCGGCAGCAGUGCCGUGUACCAGUGCAAUGCAUCCAACGAGCAUGGCUACCUCCUUGCCAAUGCCUUUGUCAGUGUCCUGGAUGUGCCCCCACGGAUACUGGCCCCCCGCAAUCAGCUCAUCAAAGUGAUUCAAAACAACAGGACCCGACUUGACUGCCCCUUCUUUGGCUCACCCAUCCCCACCCUGAGAUGGUUUAAGAACGGCCAGGGGAACACGCUGGACGGAGGAAACUACAAGGCACAUGAGAACGGGAGCUUGGAGAUGGAGAUGGCUCGGAAGGAGGACCAGGGCAUCUACACUUGCGUCGCUACCAAUAUCCUGGGCAAAGCAGAGGCCCAGGUUCGCCUGGAGGUUAAAGACCCAACGAGGAUCGUGAGAGGCCCCGAAGACCAAGUGGUGAAGAGGGGCUCCAUGCCGCGCCUCCACUGCCGCGUAAAGCACGACCCCACGCUCAGGCUCACCGUCACCUGGCUGAAGGACGACGCACCCCUGUACAUGGGGAACAGGAUGAAGAAAGAAGAUGAUGGUCUGACAAUAUAUGGUGUGGCUGAGAAGGACCAAGGGGAUUAUACCUGCGUAGCCAGCACGGAGCUGGACAAGGACUCGGCUAAAGCCUACCUCACUGUACUAGCCGUCCCCGCUAACCGUUUGAGAGACUUACCCAAAGAACGACCCGACCGGCCCCGGGACUUGGAGCUGUCGGACCUGGCCGAGAGGAGCGUGCGGCUGACGUGGAUUCCGGGUGACGACAACAACAGCCCCAUCACAGACUACAUCGUCCAGUUUGAGGAGGACCGGUUCCAGCCCGGCAUGUGGCACAACCACUCCCGGUACCCCGGCAGCGUCAACUCGGCCAUCCUCAGCCUCUCUCCUUACGUCAACUACCAGUUCCGGGUGAUAGCAGUGAACGAUGUGGGCAGCAGCCUGCCCAGCGUGCCCUCCGAGCGCUACCAGACCAACGGGGCACGUCCUGAAAUUAACCCAACAGGAGUCCAAGGUGCAGGGACCCAGAAGAACAACAUGGAGAUCACCUGGACGCCUCUGAAUGCAACCCAAGCUUACGGGCCCAACCUCAGGUACAUCGUGCGAUGGAGGCGAAGGGACCCCCGAGGGAGCUGGUACAAUGAGACGGUGAAGGCGCCCAGGCAUGUUGUCUGGAACACCCCCAUCUACGUACCCUACGAGAUCAAGGUGCAGGCAGAGAAUGACUUUGGCAGAGCACCGGAGCCUGACACCUACAUCGGCUAUUCCGGAGAAGAUUAUCCCAAGGCUGCGCCUACGGAUGUUAGGAUAAGAGUUUUAAACAGCACUGCCGUUGCUCUGACCUGGACCCGAGUGCACCUGGACACCAUCCAGGGACAGCUCAAGGAGUACAGAGCCUAUUUCUGGAGAGACAGUAGUUUGCUGAAGAACCUGUGGGUCUCCAAAAAACGGCAGUAUGUGAGUUUUCCUGGAGACCGAAACCGGGGCAUAGUGUCCCGGCUGUUUCCUUACAGCAACUACAAGCUUGAGAUGGUUGUAACCAACGGGAGAGGAGAUGGGCCACGCAGUGAAGUUAAGGAGUUCCCCACACCAGAAGGAGUGCCCAGCUCCCCCAGGUAUUUAAGAAUCCGACAGCCAAACCUGGAAAUCAUCAAUCUGGAGUGGGAUCACCCAGAGCAUCCCAAUGGAGUCCUCACAGGAUACAGCCUUAGAUAUCAAGCCUUUAACGGAUCCAAAACAGGCCGAACCCUGGUAGAGAACUUCUCUCCCAACCAGACAAAGUUCACCGUGCAGAGGACAGACCCCAUCUCGCGCUAUCGCUUCUUCCUGCGCGCACGGACCCAGGUGGGAGAAGGAGAAACCCUGGUGGAGGAGUCCCCAGCCCUGCUGAAUGAAGCCACGCCAACCCCAGCUGCAACUGGGGUGCCUCCAACUACAGUCGAUCUAACCAGUACUACAACCACCCCAACUACUACCACCACCACCGACACUACUACCACCACCACCAACACUACUACCACCACCACCGACACAACUACCACCACCACCACCACUACAGCCGCCACCAUCGCCGCAAGCACUACAGCAGCUACAGAGAGGGCUCCGGCAGCCACCACAAAGCAGGAGUUGGCCACCAAUGGAUCGUCCAUAUGGGACAUAAGAGCUAUGGCUAAUAGUAACUGGGCAAACAUCACCUGGAGCCACAAUUACUCUGCAGGAACUGACUUUGUGGUUAAGUAUAUCACCAGUAACAACACAGAGAAAUCUAUCCCUGUUAAAGCUCAGACCCCUUCCUCUGUGCAGCUGGCGAAUCUGACGCCGGGAAUGAUGUACAAGCUGUGGGUGUUCCCCAUAUGGUCUAGCCCCAGCGAGCACUCGUACAUAACCUUUACCACCAGCUCAGCUUACACCAAGAACCACGUGGACAUCGCCACGCAGGGCUGGUUCAUCGGGCUGAUGUGUGCCAUCGCUCUCCUGGUCCUCAUCCUGCUGAUCGUCUGCUUCAUUAAAAGGAGCAGAGGUGGGAAAUACCCGGUACGAGACAAUAAAGACGAGCACCUCAAUCCUGAAGACAAGAAUGUAGAAGACGGGUCGUUCGACUACAGCGAUGAAGACAACAAGCCCCUGCCCAACAGCCAGACCUCCCUGGACGGCACGAUAAAGCAGCAGGAGAGUGACGAUAGCUUGGUGGACUAUGGAGAGGGGGGAGAAGGGCAGUUUAACGAGGACGGCUCCUUUAUCGGCCAGUACACGGUGAAGAAGGACAAAGAGGAGACCGAAGGCAACGAGAGCUCAGAAGCCACCUCCCCAGUCAAUGCUAUUUACUCGUUGGCAUAGCGCAAUGCACUGAACCCACAAAGAGCUGGAGGUGUUUGUAGUGGAUGGGGGUUAAACAACAGCCGCCGCCGCCUCCAACAGCAACGUGUGAAUGAAGCAACCAACAAUGAUAAGAAAAAACACAAAAAAAAUAGGAAACCAAGUUUAAACCCCAAGCAAAAGGCAGCCCAGGGGCUGCCGAUGCCAUCUUCUCCUUAGCAAACACGCAAACAGCAAGGACUCCCGGGGCACGGAUGGGUUGUAGCUGUAGCUGGAAGCUGGGCUGAGCCACAGGGCUGGAGGAGCGGGAUGCUUGAGCUGCACCCCAGCUUCAGGGCUGGUCCCAGUACCCCGAGCCAGCCUGGUGAGGGACAUGGGGUGGGCUCGGCUGCCCAGGCCCCCCCCCCCAAGGCCCCUUUGGUUCUUUUUGGGAGGGAGUUAACCAUUCUUCUUUUUAAUCUUUACAGGAAGGUUUCAGAUAACAGGGGAGGGGGGAAGGAAACCAAGAGGUGAGAUAGGGGAGGGGAAAGGGGUGAGCAGCAGAAAUGCACGGCAGGAGGAAAGCAGAGGAUCUUUGGGCAGCGGCACCACGGCACUGUGUGACUGAGAUGUCCAUCCUCACGGCAGCACCUUGCCCACAGCCUCUCCCAAGCUGCCAGCACCACCACCUCCUUCCCAGCAGAUCCAGCAGCACCUAUGCAGGGAAGGGCAGGCUCCCACCACUUCCCUUGGCACCAUAACUCACAUCGGUGCCAAGGCUCUGCCAUCCAUCCCCACUGCAAAGCCCCUGGGGAGGUCACUCACAAAGCACCCCCACAGGGCUCCAGAGCAUCCUCAGACACAAGAGCCUGCAGAAGAGCUUGUGGGAUCUGUGGAAGGACAUUCAGGUGCCGCUCACCCUCCCAGCCCUGGAGAACAGCAUCGCUUGCCUGGGUAAUUGUAGGCAAACCAUUCGGGUUUAGUCUUUGCUUUGUAAGAACAGGGGGGGAACUUCCCCCAGACCAUGCCUGCUUUCUUUUAAAGGUAACUCCAUGUAUCUUAUGUAGCAAAGAGGGAGUGGAAGCAGGACCAGCAUUAACAUAGGACGAGGGGACCAGAAAUCACGUAUCGAAAACCAGAUUGAAUCAAAGGUCAGGAUGAGAAGCACCCAAGGGAUUGGGUGGAGGAUCCCCCGCAGCUCCCCAUCAGCAGCUUGCACAGUUCAGGGAUGUGCAUCCUUUGGGAGCCAGGGAGGGAGGCAGGACCCGCGGUCCACGUCUUCCCCAGGCACCAGGGAUGAGCCAGCUCUACAGUGUUUUCCACUAAACCCCCCUCCUCAUCUCUGACAGUGGCCUUUCCCCCCCGCCAUCAACCACCCUGACCGAGACCCUUCCAGGAGCGAGCACCGGAGCAGCCUCCCCUCCGCUGUCCUCCCCACGUAUCGAGGGAACUCGCCACCUACGUUAACCCGGUACCGCGCAGCUCGGGUGGGAGCGCUCCUCCUCAUGCCUUACACAGCUUCGGACUUCCCGAGAGGUCCAAGGAACUGAUCCUCUUCCCCCACCUGCUUACGCACCCCUAACGCUGGGCUCCGGGCCGCCAGAGCAGGAUGGAUGCCUGGGCAGCUCCCAGCGGAGAGCGCACGGAUCCCUGCGGAGGGCAGCUGGUGGCAGGCGGUGCUGAGUGACCAGUGCCGUGUGUGCUCUCCCACUGCCUGCGCUUCCGAAAACCAAAGGUACCUUCGCCGAGAGAGAGCAGACUCCUGCACGGAGCGGCGGGCGGAUGGAUUUCGCUUCCAUUCUGUUUCCAAGGAGGGUGGCUUUGUUCGGCAGAAUGGAUUACACGCAAUAGGAUUAAUGCAAUUCCUCUUUUAGCUUUCAAGCUGGUUUGCUCUGAAGUCGUACCGCUAACACUACUACUAACAGGGAUUGUUGGGACUUUGCCACAUUCUUUAAGCUGCUAAUGGCACAACUAUCCUGCCCUUCAGGGAAGAGCCCAGACCCAGUCAGCACCACUGCUGGACCACACAGAGCAAACAGGAGAGGGCUGGAUGCAAACCCAACAGCAAAGGAGCUACACCAUAGGAGCAUGGAGGGGUUAGGCUGGUGUUAACAGGCAGAGCCCAUCCUACAUCCAGGGGGUUUGUGCUACCCCAGGGCACCGCACAGGAACCCAUCUGCAGGGUCCUCCAUCCGUGUCACCUUACAGAGCAGGAGCCACGCGUCUCGCUGCUACCAUCAGUGUAAACCCAUUCAUGAGACGAGCCAAUUUCUGCCACCGCCACUCACCGCUGCUCUGGUUUAAGGAGGCAUCUCCAGCCCAUUCCCAGGACACGCAGCAGUUGUACUCCCUUUCUAAGCAAACACACCAGGCCAAACUUAACGCAGCCCCGGUCGUGGGGGCAGCCCCUUCCCAAGCCUACGGCUGUGCUUACAAGGUUGAGCUGGUGUAAAACCCUUCCCAAGCACCAGUGGAAACAAGGAGAGAAAGAAACAACAACCUCUGCUGUGGGAAAGCCUCCGCUGCGGGAGCUGGGCACCUCCAUCACACCCGGCACAUCAGAGCCUCGCUGCUUGUGGACCGACCGCUAACGGGGACCACAAGACCUCGGCUACCACGCAACACCUCCAAACCUCACGGAACCGGUCAGGCAUUCCUGGAAGCAGGACAGUCUGUGUCAUGUAUCUGUAUUACGUGCCAUUUAUAUUAAAGCCUGUGUUUCUGUCCUGUCAUUAA